GAGAGCGUGAAGGUGCUGCGGCUUACUCUGCCGAAUGACCUCCCGGGCGACAGACGCGAGCAGGUGAAGCAGAAGCCGGUGGGAAAAGCCUUUGCCAUGGUGGCCAACAGAUCCAGCAACGGUCACUCCCUGGCCUCCGAAUGCAUCAAGUCCAACGACGGCGAUGAGGAGAUCAUCAAGGUUUACCUGAAGGCGCGGGCCGAGGGCAGCGUGAACCACGAGGAGCACGUCAACCAGCUGAAAAGCGAAGUUCGUUACAUUCAAGAGGCUAGAAGUUCUUUGAAGAAGCUGCGGGAAGACUUAAGUAGUAAACUUGAGAACAGACAAGGAGCUAAACAGCAUGCACAGGUCGUGCUGGAAAAGCAGAACGGGAGCUGCCUGUACCCCGAGAGGCUGCAAGCCGAUUCCUGGGAGGACCAGGAGGACGACUGCUCAGGUGAAGACGUAGAAAAGAUCCGACAGACAGCAAAGAGGCUGUUCGCGAAGCUGCAGGAGGCUGAAAAGCACCAUCAGUUGGAAAAACAAGCUUUUGAGAGGACGGUCUCGCAGUACCAGGAGGAAGCGGAGCAGACGAGCUCUGCCCUGCGCAGAGCGGAGAAGAGCGUGGUGGAGAAGGAGGUGCAGGUGGAUGAGCUGCAGAGACUCCUGGCAGGGAUGGAGAAGGAGCACAGGAGUUUGCUGCUGAAGAUGAAAGAAGGCGAAGCAGAGCUGGCGAGGCUGAGAAGCGUGGAAGGCGACAAGCUCGCCGAACAAGACCGGUCAGCCCAGCUGGAGAAGGAGGUGGCCAUGCUGCGGGAGAAGAUACACCAUCUGGACGACAUGCUGAAAAGCCAGCAACGCAAAGUCCGGCAGAUGAUCGAGCAGCUCCAGAACUCCAAAACGGUGAUUCAGGCCAAAGAUGCCGUGAUCCAGGAGCUGAAGGAGAGAGUGGCUUACCUGGAGGCUGAGAACCUGGAGAUGCACGACCGCAUAGAGCACUUGAUCGAGAAGCAAGUCAGUCGGGGCGGCCACAGCUCCAGAGCACGCUCGAAGUCGGAGUACGUGAGCAGCAAAAGACUGACGGGCCCCAAGCCACUGCCUCUCAUUCGAGUAGUGGAAACAUGA